AAUUGCCCGCACAACUUUGUCUGACCAAAAUACGCAUGUGUCUUACCCAACAAAAUACAGUAUUUAAUAUCUAAGCUUUGAACAGAGACUUAUAUUGACAUAUGCAUGUGGCUUUGAGAAGUUGUAGGUAAAUUAAUAACUUGGCGUUUAGGCUACACAAAUGCUACACAAACACAAAUGCUUGAAUAAUUUAUGGAGUGUUUGCUUGAAUGCAAUCCAGAGUAAUGAACUGGCCUUGUUGCAUGUAUUGAUUAAAUGAUUUGGUGUGCCGCUGUCCUUCCCAAUACUAAUACUAAUAGCAUGAAUCGAUGGUUCUCCUGUUUUCUCUUUAACAUAGUCACCCCUGCACACAUUGUUCGACUUUAUGACCGUUUCGAAGCAUUGGACAAGGAAAAGACAGGCCAUCUCCGCCCACAGGAUUUUGGAGCCAUUAAUAGGUUGGCGAUGAACCCCAUUGGGGAUCGGAUCAUUGGGGCUUUCUUCUCUCCAGGACAGGAAACAGUGGACUUCCACUCCUUUGUGAGGAUCCUGGCCCACUUCCGACCUGCGGACAAAAAACGUCCCAAAGAUCCCAGUAUGCCUGAACCUGUCAACAGUAGGACCAGUAAACUCAAGUAUCCCCCCCUGGUUUUCUCCUUAAUUUCAGUUGCCUUCCAACUAUAUGACCAAGAUAAAGAUGGAAAAAUCUCCAGAGCUGAGCUUCUACAGGUGCUGCGGUCCAUGCUGGAGAUGCAGGUGACGGAGGAGCAGCUAGAGAGCAUCGCCGACCGCACCAUCCAGGAGGCUGACCUGGACAAGGACGAUGCCAUCUCCUUUGAGGAGUUCCGCAAGUCCCUGGAGAAGGUGAACAUCGACCACAAGAUGAGCAUUCGCUUCCUGCGCUAGCUAGAGUGGUUGCACUGGGUCAACUGACUGUUCAUGGAGAUGUUGCCCACUUUGGGUCUACUCAUCCCUCCAUGGUAAAAACAAGGCUUCUGCAGGGAAAUAUUACUGAUUCCUUCAACUGGAUGACUAACACUAAAUACCUUAAAUGACUGAAUAAUAUGCUGUAACCUAAUAUGUUGUUUACAGCAAACUGGAAUAUGGGCAUCAUGCUCCAAAGUCUAACUGUACUAGAGGCCUACUGUAUAACUACAUAGUAACUGCUUUUAUAUAAUACAAUAAAAUGCAAUUU